AUGAAGCUUUCGUGUCUCUCUUUGUUCCUUUCCUUGUGCCUGUACCUUUCUCCCGGAGCCUCUUUUCCGGUUUCCCCUGCCAUUAACAACGCGCUGCGCCGGACCCAGCUCCCUAUCGCCCCGGCAGACCAGUUCCUUGUCGAAUCGAAACCUGUUGACGACUUGACCACCAUCAAAUAUGACGAUAACCACCAAGAAUCCCCCCUCUCCAUGCCCGACUGGUCCACUACCCACCUUCUCGCCCGAAGACUCCUUGCUCGCUCCUCUACAGGAAUCCUAUCUACCGUAUACCCCAAAGCCGGGCGUGACCCGUCGUUAGCUGGCGUGCCCGUUGGCCUGCCCGAUUAUUAUGCCGAUUGUGCCAGCCAAGACGACCCAGAACUGCAUGACCUUCUGGGUCUGGGAAACCCGUUGAUACUGGCCUUGAAUCUCGGCACCUCGUUUCGAAAUGCAAAGGCGGGCUCGAAUAUAUCUCUGGCUAUCGACUGGUGGCAUAAAGGUCCCUCGAACAACGACGGGAGCCUGGACACGUCUCCCUCGGCUUUGCCGCGGCUAUCAUUGAUCGGGUCCCUCCAGCCCAUCCCGACUACUUUGCCCGCCGCCUCCAAGAAAGCGAUCGAGAAAUGCUUCUUGGCUGUCCAUGCCGAUGCUAAACAUUGGCUUCCCGGGUCCCCCGAUGCUGCACACUCUGGGUACUGGGCAAGAAUCGUUGUAGAAAAGGCUUUUUGGGUCGGGGGAUUCGGAGACCGGGCGAGGAUUGGAUGGUUAAAUCCCAGAACCUGGAGAGAUAUCGAGAAGAACGGCAAGGACGGUAAAAGAGGAUGGGCUGAUGUUAGGCUACCUGGAGAAAAACCGUAG